AUGCCUGGCCCAUGGAGAAUUUCUUCGGCACAGGAUGAGCUAAAAAUAUGGACUGAUCUCCUCCUGCUCCGUCGACGCUAUGCUUUGGUGAAGAGGACCCCAGCAGCGGACAAGGCGGCCAGAAGAGAAGAGGCAGUCCUGCUCCCAUCUCAGGCCCGCCGAAGCGACUUCGCCACGACGGUCAAGAUGACGCUGAUCAUAGCGUUGUCCUGUUCAACAAUCACAUCAGUGGCCCAAGACAAACUCACAGUUGUCGACGCAUAUUACCCACUACUCGACCCCAAGCCGGGAGAAGUCUUCACCAUCAGCUCCUGCGCCGGCAAUAAAGAGCUUCCACCCGCACCCGCUCCAACUUCAUGUACGUCGGAGAAUUACUCGCUCACGCAUCUUCGAGACAUCGUCAUCAACAGAGGCCUGGCCUCAAAUCCUCACGAUCAGCUAUGCACGGGGGGAUCAUCUUGUGCUUCCAAAGACCCAACGCAAGCUCGAAUCAUGGAGGCAUGGCAUGACGAGGUCAAGGAGGUACGAAACGGGCUGGCAAGCGCCGGAAUCGAGUCGGUAGUAAGGGAUACCUUGGCCUCGGCGGCACUGGAAAGAGCUACCGCCCAGAGCAUCCUUGAGAUUGUUGAGGAGAAGCACACUCAAAGUAUGUUUACCAAGAGUAUGAUUACGACAUAG